AUGGAACCGGAGAAGGAGGUGGUGAAUAUGUUGGUCGUGGAGGAGAAUGAGUUGGGGGUGGAGAUGGAGGAGAAUUCAUUAAUGGUGGCUGAAUCAAAUAUGUUGGUGGUGGAGAUGGAGCAGUAUUUUUUGGUUGCGGAGGGGGCAAGCGCCGGCGGUGGAGGAGGUGAGUACAUCCAUCGCAGAGGAGAACAAGUAGGGAGCGGAGGUGGAGGGGAAUUCACUGAUGAUGGCGGUGGAGGUGGCGAAUGUGUCGGGGUGGAGGAGGAGAGUAAGUCGGCAGUGGAGGUGAACGUAUCGGCACUGGGGGGAGGCGGAGAAGAACAUGUCGGUGGUGGAGGAGAAUUCAGGGAUGGUGGCGGUGGAGGAGGCGAAGACGUUGGUGGUGGAAGAGGUGAGUAA